GCGGCCGCGGUGACAUUCCCGGCUCUUCCCGGCCGCUCCGGCUGCUCCCGCGGCUCCGGCUCCUCCGGCCGCCCAUGCCCCGGCCGCUGCCCCCGCCGGGCAGGCCGCGAGGGGCCCAGCCUCGCACAGGCUGCUGCAUUGCUGGAGACCACAUCUAGCUCACCCAGCCUCCUAGACAACGUGCUCAAUGCUUUGAGACUGGAAGGACCUUGCUCUGCAAUGAAGAUGGAGGCAGUAGGAAAAGCAGAAGAACUUAUUGAUUCAGAAAUUCCGCCAAAGGCUUCUGAAAAGGAAGAGACUGCUCCUGAUGAAGACAGGCCUAUAGAACUAGAGACACAACCUCAGAAGGACAGCGUGCCCACUGCAGCAGACUCUGCGGUGCUCUCUUCCAUGCCUUGCUUGCUGAUGGAACUGAGGCGGGACUCCUCGGAGUCUCAGCUGGCGUCUACAGAGAGUGACAAGCCAGCGGGUGGCCGAGUUUAUGAGAGUGACUCUUCUAACCACUGCAUGCUUUCCCCUUCCUCCAGCGGGCAUUUGGCUGACUCAGACACGUUGUCUUCCGCAGAGGAGAACGAGCCCUGCCAAACUGAAGCCACCGCGGAGGGAGACCCUUCUGUGAUGUCCGGAGCUGCAGUCGGGAGGAAAUCCAGGAGAUCCAGGUCUGAAAGUGAGACUUCAACAAUGGCUGCCAAGAAAAACCGACAGUCUAGCGAUAAGCAGAACGGCCGCGUUGCCAAGGUGAAGGGUCACCGGAGCCAAAAGCACAAAGAGAGGAUCCGGCUCCUGAGGCAGAAGCGGGAGGCAGCUGCUCGCAAGAAGUACAACCUGCUGCAGGACAGCAGUACCAGCGACAGUGACCUGACCUGUGACUCCAGCACGAGCUCGUCAGAGGAUGAUGAAGAGGUUUCAGGGAGCAGCAAGACAAUCACUGCAGAGAUACCAGCUGGCUUCAGUCGUGCUGGGGGAUCUGGAGGAGCGACCAGGGAAAUUCCAGGAUUGCUUGACAGGGGCACCGUGUGGGAUAGGAACUGCAUAGGCAAUGUCCUGGAAGAGGCCAUGAACUGCUUUGCCGAGAUGCAGAGGCAGACAGAGGAGAAAUUCCGCAUGUGGAUAGAAAAGCUAACCCAUCUUGACACGGACGAAGAAAGCAAGCAGCAUCUGGAGCCCAGGGAACCUAAAAUCCAACUAGUUGGCCAAAGAAUCCCCCCUACCACACAGUCAGGGGCUUUCGUGCAGAUGCCUGAUAGCCAAGUGCUUCCUCAGCAGCCCUUUAAUUCGUACGUGGGCUAUCAAAAUGCCGAUGCCGCGCUGGAGUUUCCAGUGACUUUUAAUAACAAUUUUACACCAGUCUUUCCAGAGAAUGGGAAUAUGGCAGAGCCUGAUCUGAAUAAAUCAUAAACUUAAAAAAAAAAUUAAAAAGAAAAUAAAUCUGAUUUUGCAAUCUUGAUGUUAUUUUGGAUUCUGCUAAAAACGAGGUUUGCUUUUCUCUUUGUAUGUGUUUGUUUUGUUUUCUCUUUUGGGUUUUAUUACCAUGAUAUUGUUUGUUUUUCUUAAUUUAUAGUGAAUAUAUGUAGUUUAAAAAAAAAAAAAUCAUAGUAUACUCACCUGCAUGUGCUACUACACACAUAUAAACACCUUUAAAGGUGUAUGGGAGAAGCUGCCCUAAGCUUUCAUCACCAAACUCGGGACAAUAUAAUGUCUAGAUACCCCAAAAGCAGUAGGGCUGUGUUUGCUACAAUAGAAGCAUUCAGGAUAUUCAUCCAGAUGCCCUUUUUGCAUGUUAAAACAUUUGUGUAAGGAAAUAAGUUUUAUAUUUAAAGAGAUAAAGCACCCUAGAGAUCCAGACUAGAUACAGACCCAUGAAAUUUCCUUAACUCUCUGUUUACUCUCAAGUUUUGCAGCUUGACCGUGCCACACAUAAGCUUCUUCAUUUUAGGCAGAACUAAUAAAUAAGCUUACCCUAAAAAUUUAUCUGUCUAUAACAAGCAUGCACAGCAGAUUUAAUUUCUUUCUGUCUCCCAUUCAGCAGAUCACUCUCUGUCCAGGAUUUUUAUCAGUGUCACUGCUGUGUUGAACAUGGUGUAUUUAUGGAGGUGGCUGCCUUACCCUGUGUGCACACACAGGCACAUGCACACACAUCUCUGUGUGCUCGGUUUGGGUCCAGGUCGUCUCCACCAAUUCCAGGUGCCUGCUCUGCUCUUCCCUGGGUCUCAGGGGGAAGAGAUAAGCCUCACCAAGGAUGCCUCCGGGCAGUGUCUUUCUCUCCCAAGAGUUGUCCCUACCCUGGCUUAUCAGCAGUCCCUAAGAGAUAACUUCAGGGUGAGAUGAGUCACCCCAGCCUGUGCACACAGAGGCUGCUGCUUCCUCCUCUGAAUGCAGCCCAGCCACAUCCUUCAUGCUGGAAUAAAAACAAUCCUGUCUGCCCUCAGAUAAGCAGCCAUCAGGGGAUGGGUUGAGCCUUGGCACAGGAAUUUAAAGGAGAGCUUGAUAAGCGAACACCUUGGUGGUCUGAUAGCUGCUGGCCUGGGUCAGACUGGACCAUGUGUGAACACCACUGAAAUCAUCCUUUACUUGUGAUGGGGAAUGCCACAGCAUCAGGUUCAUUUAAGUGAGGCAAGAAUUUACUGUUUUGUGAGUCCUUUUUUUGUACUAAUAGUUAUCCUGAAUAGGCAGGCUUGAAACUGUGAUGUUUAAAGUAGGUUUAAUUUAAACUAUAUAUUAGUAAUAUUUAAUUCUUACUGUUAUUGCUACAUACAGGGAUUUUUGGGUCACCUCUCCAAUAAGGCCUUCCUUCAUGUGAAGUAUCUUCUCUGUAGCUACCAAAAAAAUGUAUAUUUUUAAUCAGGUAGAACUUGCUAGAAGUUUCUAAUGAAAAUGAAAUAAACAUUUUUACAAUGGAAAAUGAAAGCCCGCAGUUUAAGUGAAGAAAACACUUAGGUCUCCUUUAGCUCAGUUAACCUAAACACUUAGGUCUCCUUUAGCUCUGCUUUUUAAACAACAGUCACUUUUUCCCUAAUUUUUUUAGUUUUCUUUCUUUUCCUCCUGUUGGGAGUAACCACAGUAUCUUCUGUAGGUCAAGCCUUUUUUACCCUCCCUGAAGUCAAUGGGAGGUUUUCCAUCAAUUUAUGUGACAGUUUGGAUAAAACCUGUAACAGGAACUCAAGAAAUACUUUUUGUUAUCAGUAUAAUAUCUACACUGGUAUUUUAAGAUUAUUCUUGCCCUAGACUGACUUUUUUUUUUAAAGUAUCUGAAAAAAAAAAUUAGGUUAGAGACCUGUGUUAUUUUCAGAGUAUCUGUUUGAAAGACUAUGCAGGAGAUAAUUUUUAAGUACUGGGAUAAAGUCUUUUCAGAUCACCUUCAUGCAUAAUUUUGAUACAAAGAUUUUGAUACGAACUUGUUGGAAAACUCCCUUGUCUGAAAUUGUGUGCAUUUCAGGUAAAAGUUAAACAAGUUGUUCUAUGUUUGAUUGCAAUUUAAAAGCUUAUCCUCAUCUGUUUAAAAAGAUCUUUCAGGAAAGAGUAUUUGUGGAUAAAACAACCCCCA